CACACAGCUUGGGCCAGGCCAUGAGGGAGUGGUACGCUAUCAGCCUGUACGUCAGUGAGGACAGGGACAUGCAUGAGACGUUUACUUUCCUAGGCUUCAUCUCCCAAGAAGAGUUGAACGUCGACAUUUCCAAAGUCCAACCAUUGUCACGUACGUUGGUUCAGAUGAGCUUCGAUGAACAGUUCAAUACCCACCCAGGCACCAAAGCACACUGCUAUAUAUCUAUAUACAUAUCCACUUUCUCUCUUGCUGCCCUUGAAUCAAAACACCGCAGCACAAAAAGAACGAGCGAGCACAAUGGCCGGAGGAGAUGACGGCGAACAUGAACUCAAGCUGCUGGGGGCGUGGGCGAGCCCGUUCGUGCUGCGGGUGAAGCUCGCGCUCAGCUUCAAGGGCCUGAGCUACGAGAACGUCGAGGAGGACCACACCGCCGGCAAGAGCGAGCUGCUCCUCAAGUCCAACCCGGUGCACAAGAAGGUGCCCGUGCUCCUCCGCAACGGUAAGCCUGUAUGCGAAUCGCAGAUCAUCGUGCAGUAUAUUGACGAGGCCUUCGCCGGCACUGGCCCGUCCUUCCUCCCAACCGACCCUUACCAGCGCGCCAUGGCUCGCUUCUGGGGUGCCUACGUCGACGACAAGCUCCUAGCCUCGUGGUUGCAGUCGACAAGCGGGGCCAAGACACCAGAGGAAAAGGCCGAGGGGCUGAAGCAGACGCUCGUCGCGGUUGAGAACCUGGAGGCGGCGUUCAAGGAGAUCUCAGAGGGCCGCAGCAAGCCCUUCUUCGGCGGUGACAGCGUUGGGUACUUGGACGUCACGCUGGGAGCCCUGGUCGCGUGGGUGCACGCCGCCGAGAAACUGGACGGGACGAGGCUCUUUGAUGGCGCAAGGACCCCGCUACUGAAUGCGUGGGUGGAGCGGUUCGGCGCGCUUGAAGCGGCCAAGGCGGUGCUGCCAGACGUCGACAGACUGGUCGAAUUCGCUAAACAGAUGUGGGCCCAUGCUGCGGCAGCUGCCGCCUCAAACAAGUAAAAUUGGAUCUGCGAUUUGAGGACAGACUUGAUGUGCAGCGACUAGCUUUUGUGCUUUGUGAGUUGCUUUUCGUGUCGUGUUAUGCUCUCCUAUUGUGCUCGGAAUAGUUUCUUCGUACUCAAGUCACCUACUGACUUAGGGGGAAAGAGACCGAAACUUGUUUCAUCAUAAUUGAAGUGGAGAGCUCCGUUUUGUGUUUCGGUAUUUUCCUUGACUUUUCGUCGUAGUGAGUAUCAGUGAGUAUCCCGCUGUGUUCGCAAUUGGCUCAAGGGUAUCACGCUUUGGAGCGUAUGGUGUUUUCUGUGAUUUUGGGAUAACGACCAUUUUAGAAAAAACUUAGGAUGGGCUCCCUCUCAUCCUCCACCUCUGCUAGAAUUUCUUUGUCCUUAACUA